CUUGCUGUGAUCUGAACGCAGGAGGAGGACAUUCAGUUCACUUCAGGAUGAGACGAUCCAGAUUGUUUUUAUGAACCUCCUGUGGAUUUACAGAAGCAUGGAGAUGAUCCGAGUUCUGCUGGUUCUGCUGGUUCUGGGGUCGGCGGAGGGCAGGAGGGUUCGGGGUCAGCGGACUCAGACACCCGAGAGCUUUCCUCUGGACUUCACAGCUGUGGAGGGAAACGUGGAGAGCUUCAUGACUCAGGUGAAGAACUUGGCUCAAUCCCUGUAUCCCUGCUCGACUCAGAAACUGGACCAGGAGAUGAAGCUUCAGUUCCUGAGGAACACAUCGGUCACCUGUAAUGAUGGUUCACCUGCUGGCUACUACAUAAAGGAGUCACGAGGCAGCCGGCGAUGGCUGAUGUUCCUGGAGGGUGGCUGGUACUGCUUCAGUAAACACACCUGUGACAGCAGAUACGAGACCAUGAGGCGACUCAUGAGCUCCAGCAAAUGGCCUCUCACCAGGACAGGAACAGGGAUCCUGUCAUCUCAGCCGGAGGAGAAUCCACACUGGUGGAACGCUAACACAGUGUUUGUGCCGUACUGCUCCAGUGAUGUUUGGAGCGGCUCCACAGCGAAGACAGACCAGAGUAAAACACACACACACACACACAGUGUUCAUCAUUCACAUUCAUCGUGUGUACGUGUAUGUAACGUGUGUGUGUGUGUGUGUGUCUCUCUGUGUUCAGAUGAAUAUGCAUUCAUGGGUUCUCAGAUCAUUGAGGAGGUCAUUAAGGAGCUGGUGACCAAAGGUCUGGACGGUGCUAAAGUGCUGCUUCUAGCCGGGAGCAGUGCCGGUGGUACCGGGGUGCUGCUGAAUGUGGACCGUGUGUCGGAGCUGCUGGAGGAUCUGGGUCUCGGUUCGGUCCAGGUUCGGGGUCUGGCGGACUCGGGCUGGUUUCUGGAUCAUAAACAGUACCGCUUCACCGACUGCAUCGACACGAUCAGCUGUGCUCCGACAGAGGCCAUCAAGAGAGGAGUGCGAUAUUGGAACAGCGUGGUUCCGGAGCGCUGCAGUCACGUGUAUAACGGCGAGGACUGGAACUGCUUCUUUGGCUAUAAGGUUCAGCCCACACUCAAGAGGCCGGUGUUUGUGGUUCAGUGGUUGUUCGAUGAGGCUCAGCUGAUGGUUGAUAAUGUCCAUCUGACGGGUCAGCCGGUGCAGGAGGGUCAGUGGAGAUACAUCCAGAACCUGGGCAGUGAACUCAGAAACACUCUCAAAAACGUCCCGGCCAUGUUUGCUCCUGCCUGUUUGUCUCAUGAGAUCAUCACAAGAAGUUAUUGGAUGGACAUCCAUGUUAAAGGUACCUCACUUCCUCGAGCGCUGCAGUGCUGGGACCGCAGCCUCCGUCACCACGGCAACAGCAGCAGCAGCAGCAUUCAGGCUCCGCCCCGGGGCUGCCCCCUUCACUUGAUUGACAGCUGCCCGUGGCCCCACUGCAACCCCUCCUGCCCCACCAUCAGAGAGCAGCUGACGGGGCAAGAGAUGAGCGUCAUCCAGUUCCUCACGCACCUGGGCUUCGAUGUGCAGCGCGUGGCACAGCAGCAGGGCAUGGAGCCCCACAAACUACUGGGCAUGCUCAGUAACGGCACCUGACUGGAGCAGCUGAUGUGUGUCCAAUGACUGAUGAUCAGUGAGGGGGCCAAAAAUCAGGAUUCAGUGAAGCUAAAAUAAUCCCAAAUCCAGACAGAACAUUUCCAAUCAGGGACAAUAUUACUUCUAUAAGGACAAGGUUUAUGACCUUUGUUAAAUUAGGCAUUUAGUAGAUGUUUUAUUCUUACUAUUUUUAGAUUAUGGCAGAAAUAGUAAGAGUUGCAUGAUAGUAGUACCUUGUUCUGAAAACAGCAACUUUAGCCAUUGAAUCACUGACAGCAGUUUUGUUAGAAAAUACUGGUUUGUUUGGGAGCAACUGAAAUAGUUUGUAAUAGAGCAACUGACAUGCUUUAUGAAUGAGUCAUUGAAUCAUUGACUCAACCGACUCAUUCAAAACAGAUGAUUCAUUUGGCAACAAAGUAACUGUCUUUAUAAAUGAGUCAUUGAAUCAUUGACUCAACUGAUUCAUUCAAAACAGAUGAUUAAUUCGGCAACAAAGUAACUGUCUUUAUAAAUGAGUCAUUGAAUCAUUGACUCAACCGACUCAUUCAAAACAGAUGAUUCAUUCGGCAACAAAGUAACUGUCUUUAUAAAUGAGUCAUUGAAUCAUUGACUCAACUGAUUCAUUCAAAACAGAUGAUUAAUUCGGCAACAAAGUAACUCUUUACAAAUGAGUCAUUGAAUCAUUGACUCAACCGAUUAAUUCAAAACAGAUGAUUCAUUCGGCAACAAAGUAACUGACUGUCUUUACAAAUGAGUCAUUGAAUUGUUGACUCAACCGAUUCAUUCAAAACAGAUGAUUCAUUCGGCAACAAAGUAACUGACUGUCUUUACAAAUGAGUCAUUGAAUCAUUGACUCAACCGAUUCAUUCAAAAAAAGAUGGUUAAUUUGCCAUUUUAAGCCAGUGACUUGCUGAAUUCAGAAACCAAUACUAGUAUACAACUCUUACUAAUUGUAGGACAUCUUUGCAUGGCAUGAAUAGUAAGAGUUGAGUGUUAGUAGUACAAGACUGUCCCAACUGUCUUUAUGAAUGGAUCAAUGAAUCAAUUACAAAACAAUUCAUUAAAAAAACGGUUUUAUAAAUGAAUCAUUAAAUCAUUGAUUCACCAGAAUUCUUUAAAAUGAUUGAUUCAUUCAGGUACGAAGCAAGUGACAGUCUUUGUGAAUAAGUGACUGAAUCAUUGACUCAACUGAUUUGUUCUAAAAAGCUGAAUAGUUCAGGAACCAAACUCCACUGUGUUGAACAGAGAUGCAAUGGUUAUGCUGUUUUGCUGGUGGAAUAUUGUGUCAAAAAUGUAUGUCUCUUAAUAUUAAUUUAUAGAGUACAUUUAUUAAUUAUAUAUCAUUGUAUACCAAUAGACAUGCAUUACAGACUGGACUGUCUGACCAUUAACCCAGCAUACAGCCACCUUAUAAAGAGCUAAGGUCUCCAUAUUCUCCAGAAUCAGGUUAACAGUGGCGCCCUCUACUGGACACUCCGUGGACUGCAGCAACAGCAGACACUUGUCUUUCUCUGCGGAUGAAGGACGGGUCAAACUCUCUGAUGCUUUCACUUCAUCCCAUAAUAAUGAAGCACUUUCACAACAACCUCAGAUAAAUACUGGACAUUCAGAGACCACCAUCAUCAGAGACACAAACAUGUUUAUAUGAACAUCUCUCACUAAGCUGACUGGAUAAAUUAUCUAGAGAAGACAACGGCUGCUUGAAUCACAGAAUCUCACCAAACCUGUCAAGAACAUGCACAAUGUGUGUGUGUAGUAUAUUAUAUUAUUAAAAAGUAAAAAAAAUAAAAUAAAUACAUGUUAAUAAAAAAUGAAUACUUUAAAUAUUAAAAAAAAUAUUUUUUGUAUAAAAAAAAUAUAUUUGCAAUAUUCUUGACAGGUUUCUUGACAUUCACCUUCAGCUUUUCUAUUGUGAUUUGUAGAAUAUGUUCAAAUAUAAGACAAACUUAAGCUACAUUAUGUUAUUUAUUUCAUGUAAAUCAUAUUUAUGAGUGUUUCAGAAAGAAGCGAUUUUGUGUAAAAUGUAUAUACCUGUUGAACAUCGCCAUUUCAUUUGCAUGCCUUCAUAAAAGAUAUUAAUUAUUAUCAUUAUGGCCAAAGAUGUGUUUUAUUAUUUAUAUCCAUACAGGUGCUGGUCAUAUAAUUAGAAUAUCAUCAAAAA